AGCCGCGCUCAAUGCUCAUUAUUUAACAUCUUCAAGUUAAGCAGCAGCGGGAAGACGAGCUUGACGCAGAUCUGCUCCGGACACUGCUGUCUGCUGGAAUAAGCUGAGAGGGCUGCCGGGGGUCUGUGUAUUGAUAUGUAGAGUGCUGGGAGACUGUAUGUGCCGCUUCAUGCGCCAGCCUCGACUCUUCAGGUGAAGCCUCCACACCUAUAGGCUGUUUUUUUCCAGUGCGGCUGCAUUUCCAUCCUAAUUAAUUUUGUCUCACCUCGCCACCACGCUUGGAUGGUGGUAAAACGACUCGCAUGCAUUGGUCUUGGAAUAAUUUUGCAGCCUAAGUUGCAUCCCUGAGAUCGCGUGUCAAAGUCAUUGGCAGGAUCAGAGUUAGUGAUGUGGACUACUCUGGACCGCGGGUGCUGGGGGGUCUGCUGCUUGUCCCUGCUGGUGACUGUAGUCUGCGGGGCGCAAAGCGCCAACGAGCCUAGCAACAUGUCAUAUGUGAAAGCCACCGUGGAUAAGCUGCUGAAGGGCUAUGACAUCCGUCUGCGGCCUGAUUUUGGAGGCGCCCCUGUGGAUGUUGGCAUGAGCAUAGACAUCGCCAGUAUUGACAUGGUGUCUGAAGUCAACAUGGACUACACCAUCACCAUGUACUUCCAGCAGUCCUGGAGGGACAAGCGCCUCUCCUACACUGGCAUCCCUCUCAACCUCACCCUGGACAACCGGGUGGCAGACCAGCUGUGGGUCCCUGACACCUACUUCAUUAACGACAAAAAGUCUUUUGUCCACGGGGUGACAGUGAAGAACCGAAUGAUCAGGCUGCACCCUGAUGGAACUGUGCUCUAUGGUCUCAGGAUCACCACUACAGCUGCCUGCAUGAUGGACCUGCGCAGAUACCCACUGGAUGAGCAGAACUGCACCCUGGAGAUUGAGAGCUAUGGAUACACCACUGACGACAUUGAGUUCUACUGGCAGGGAGGAAGUAAUGCAGGAUCAGUCACUGGGGUGGAGAACAUCGAAUUGCCCCAGUUCUCCAUCAUAGACUACCAAACACUCUCCAAGAAGGCCGUGUUUGCCACAGGCUCUUAUCCGCGACUGUCCCUGAGCUUCAAGUUGAAGAGAAACAUUGGUUAUUUCAUCCUGCAAACCUACAUGCCCUCCAUCCUGAUCACCAUCCUAUCCUGGGUCUCCUUCUGGAUCAACUAUGAUGCCUCGGCUGCCAGAGUAGCCUUAGGUAUAACUACGGUGCUGACUAUGACCACCAUCAAUACCCACCUCAGGGAGACUCUGCCCAAGAUUCCGUAUGUCAAGGCCAUUGACAUUUACCUGAUGGGUUGCUUUGUCUUUGUCUUCCUGGCUUUACUGGAGUAUGCCUUUGUCAACUACAUCUUCUUUGGUCGAGGUCCUCACCUGCAGAAGAAGGUGGCAGAAAAGGCUGCAAAGUCCAACAAUGAGAAUAAGAGUAGACUGGAGAGCAACAAAGUGCAGGUUGAUGCUCAUGGCAACAUCCUCCUAACCAACUUAACCAGUGAGAUGGGUGGAGCAGACAUGAUGGGUGCUCUCAACGACCCUCGGGCUACAAUGUUUUCUUACGACAGUGCCAGCAUACAGUACCGCAAGCCCAUGACCAGCCGAGACCUCUACGGACGACCAGCCAUCGACCGGCCAAUGGGCCACAAGAAGAGUCGCUUGAGGAGGAGGGCCUCGCAGCUCAAAGUCAAGAUCCCUGACCUCACGGAUGUCAAUGCCAUAGACAAGUGGUCCCGUGUUGUCUUCCCAAUCACAUUCACAUUCUUCAACUUGGUCUACUGGCUUUACUAUGUCCACUAGGGUGGCGACAGCCAGCCUCUGUGGCACCACCACUGCUAGUGAUUUGUUAAAAAAGCUACCUAAGUCUUAUACAGCGAUGAAAAUGGAGAAGUGUUCAGCCCAUUUGUAUAAAUCCUGUUUUGGAAUGAGGAAGUGCUGGAUGUCUUUACAAUGUAAAUACAAUUUAAUAUAUAAUAUUUAAAUAUAUAUAUAACAGAGGUAUAAUUUAUUAAAAAUUCUAUCACUUUUGCUGUACUCAUCCAUACAAAAUAGAUAUAGAUAAAAAUAAUAUGGACUUUAAGACACAGUAAAGGUAGGGUAUUUCUAAGUCCAAACUUGCCAAAAUGACUUGGUGAUUCCAACAUUAUGGGCAAUGAUCUUUCAUUUGUUUGAUCUCUUUUUCUUACCUUCUGUUAUCUCACUUUUUGCAUGUAAAUGGAACACAACUUUUAUUUGCUUAUAAGGUCAAAAAACCAGUAAAAAGAAAAAGAAGCCCAGCGCAAAAACAGUGGGUAACUAAAACAAUUUUCACUUUCUCUUGUGAUUAAAACUGAUCUUAUGAUUGGAGCUCAUCCAGCAAAUUAACGGGAAGAUGUUUGGUUGAAUUCCAUCAUGAUAAUGUUGUCCUCAUUUAGUUUAAGCUCAGUGGAGUGGAGUUGGAUGUGUAUCAUUGUGUUCAAAUUCCUCUCUGACAGCCAUCUGUGAGCUAACAAACACGUUACAUUGCUUUUCAUGAAUGAUGUUAUUUUGUUAGGAUUGUGCUGAGUGCAUGUGCAUUUUAUGCUUUUGCACUGUAAAACAAACUCAGUUUACUUUUAUUUCUGUAAAAAAAAGAAAAAAAAAAGCUUUGCGUGGCUCUACAGCGCCACUCUGUAUUAUAAUCAUUAUUACUGUAUGCUUUCGAACAAUCAUUGCAUUUAAGGUAAGUACAGGACAGAUGUUAAUUGGAACUUCACUAAUCUCUCAAAAACUAAAUGUAUUCAAAUUUUUACCUAUGAUAUUCUCACAGCGUCUGUGAGCAUGUACAAUGUAAUUUUCUUUAAAAGAAAUCAGGUAAAGAAUGACCAAUGAUGUCACCACUCUUUCAAAACCACAUUUCAAAUUUCAAGCCCUGAUAAAACACGCUGUGGGUGUUGAAACACCAGUGUCCUUUGAAAAUUAAAGACUGUUACUGAACAUUGGUAUCAGAUACAUCAAAUUAUAUUGUAUGUAACUGUUACAAUUGCAUAGAGCUUCAUCCACCUCAGUGUGAUAAAUAAUUAAAGGGCAAGCAUGAGGUCAGUCUUGUUUUUCAGUGGAUGGGCUUUUAGUUUAUUAUCAAGGCCUUGUUUUCAGGGGAUCAGUUGUAAAGCCCAAGUUCAAAUUCAACCAUAUGACAGUCAUAUUGAAAAUACAGUUUGUAAUGUAAUUUUAUGUACGCAAGUGUAUGUAGUAUCUCUUUGCUAGGCCAAUAUCCACAGGUAUCAUGUCCAUACAUAAGUCUACACUUCACAAUUUACAUCUAGUGCCACUGUUCAUUGCCAAUGCAGGAAGUAGUGAGUCCUUUAUGUGAUGAGGCUGAGAGCAAGGGUGUUGUCUCACUUCUAAGCAAAAUCCCAGAGUUUAUGUCCUGUCCUGUCUUUUUAUUCAUUGUAACCAUGCUCUUUUCCUAACCUUAACCAAGUGUUUUAGUUGACGUGCAGAUUGUAGAAAGCGAGAAUUUGUCAUUUUGGAAAUUAUUGCUCAAUUAAUAAGAUUUGAAGAUGUAUAGGAGCUUUGAUGUCUGCCAUGUGGGCAUUGAUUGACAGUUGGCUUGCCUGUUGCUCUCCCCGGCUCUGGGACUCACACUGAGUUGGACUGUUAUCACAAUAUUUCAGUAAGUUUAAUGUUACUUGAUAACGAUACCUGCCAUGUUAGUUAGCUAAUGUUAGCCCAAGUGUGCAGUGCUCAUUGUUCCCAGUAAGCUAGCGUUAGCUCGGGUCCGAGGUAGUGGGGCAUUUCCAGAGCAUGAAAGGCCAGACACCCAGACUCCUUAUUUGGAAAGUCCUUGCUCAAAACAGAAAAGAUGGCGCCAACUAUAAGCAGCAACUCUGGGCUUCAAACGGGCUCCAGUGCAAUUCAAUGGGUGAUGUCACAACUCACUACAUCCAUCUUUAUAUAUAGUCUAUGGUUUGUGUUCAUUCAAAAGUGUUGGUAGGAUUAAUUGAAUGACCUGGCCUCUUAUGGCUAGGUCAUUCCACCUGAAUGUUCCUCAAUCAAUAGCACUGAAGGGGACCAUUAUAUUGUAGAAAGUUUCCAUCAUCCACUUUGAGGUGCAUGGUAGGCAUGGAUGGAUGCCAACUCCAGUUUGCUAUGAUGUAAAGGUCUUCUUAUGUGUUGGUGCUGGCAUCAAAGUGUCAAUCUGCAGGUUAUCCAGUGUAAGCCAGUAGUUAAUACCUGCCAAUCCAUUAACAUCUCACCCACAAGCACGUACAGUUGUAAUCAUGUAUGGUCUAUAACUGAUGUUAUUUAGGCAACUCACUGAC